AUGGCUUCCUCAAAUAUCAACCUCCUCGCUCGCCCUGUCCAGCUCGCCCUUGGGUGGGAAAAAUGCAUCCGGAGGAUUUUUUCACAGGCCAGAGUCUCGCAGGAUGAGAAAGUCGAGUCAUAUGCCGCAGAAUAUACAUGCAUCAGCAGAGAUUUGCUCACCAUAAUGCCUGAACUCAAGGAGGGCCAAUACCCAGUCACACUAUUCAUGGAUCUCCAGGGUGGCCCUGUGGUCGGCAUGGGAUUCUACAAUUUCCAGCCUUCAGUUCAUUUCCACAAAAUGCAGCUUCCGCUUCACAAGCAGGAGGAACUUCAACGCCAGGUCCCUGAAGUUCCUGUCAACAUCCCUUACCCUGUUCGUGACGAUGGGUCUGUCAUGUACCCACCCAGUUUCAAUUUCGACUUUGGCUCUUUUCUGCCCUUGGCGUCCAAUGACGGUCAGCCGAUCGCAACUGCGGAGUCCGCUGCACAAGCGCCCAUGUCCACCACUGGGCCGGGGGGUGACAACCCCACCACCGCACCGCCUCCAGCUUCAGACGCCUCGGUGCCUGGUUCAACUCCAGUGGUUGGCCCCGCUCUGACAGUUGUCCCCACUCUUGCCCCUGCCCCUGCUGCAAUCACUGCCCCUAAUCCACCAAUUGCACCAUCUUCGACAUUGGGCCACACUCCAACCCCUGCUCCGACUCUACCUACGAUAGUUCUCCCCGUCCAACCCGCGCUCCCAACCCGUGUUGUUCAGACAACCUGGCCAUACAAGAAGUCAACAACUGCAGCCUCGCAAACCAGUUGCACCCCAAUCGUUGACUUGGAGGGACAGAACAUUGACAAGUCCAGUCCCAAGAAGCAGUCAUGUGUGCCAACUUCAAAGGCUAUAAUCGUCAACAGCGACGCAGAGCUUAGCCCCAACACCUUACCAUGGAACAGCCAGCCGGAGAAUGGUGCACAGGACAUCGCUCAUGCCAUUAACUCUGUGAUGGCCACCUCGAGCUCUCCGCAGCAGUCCUCUGGCAAAUGUUCUAAUUGCGCAACGGCCUUGCUCGCAUGUGUCCAUGCUCCAGGUGAGGGGAGAAAGCCGUGCAAAUGGUGCAUGGAGGGAGGCUACCGGUGCAGCUUUGUUGACUGCACGUGCUGCAUUUAUCAUCGUAUUGCAUGCAUCCCGUCCUCGAAGACCAUUUGCGAACCCUGCAACCAAGCCAAGGAGAAGUGCAGUCAUGUUCCAGACAAGCCGAUGCGCACCAAGGCAGCGCCGGAGGGCACCAAGUCACGACCGGAGGAGGCUGAAGCGAUGGCGCUGGCGGACGACAAAGACAAGCCUCUGGCCAAAGCCACCAAACCUUACUCUCUGAGGGAGGCGAUCAAGCAAAAAAUUGCAGCACUGAUCGAAUCACUCGAACAGCUCAAGACCUACUUCAAGGCUUAUACUGAUGAGCAGGACACCCUUUGUGAGACGUUAAGCCACCUGGUCAACACCAACCAGCAGACCUCCCUGGAAGUGAAGACCAGCUUCCAGGCAAUAGUUGACGCAUUUACCACCCACACGGAGAGACUUCAAGAACUCAGCAAGACUGUUGCAAGAUUCAACAACGCCACCGAGUCUGCCUCAAUGGAUGCCUUGGCUACCGGUGGGUUACCCGAACAGAAUCCCGGAGCUCUUUACCAGUCCGACUUCCUAGACACAGGCGAUUUCUAUCCGCAAGCCGACAUGCUCCAGCAAGUCCAUGGUGAAUUUACUCUGGCAAUGCAGAUGACGGUCGAUCCACAAGCCUUAGUGAUGCAGCAACAACCGGAGCAGCAGUUCAACUUCCCCAGCAUGAACACCUUGCCUCAGCAUCAAACCACAGCCCCAUCGACUUCUUACACGCAGAACUCCUCACAGGUUGACACCUUCAUGUGCCUCGUGAUUCCAGCAGACCUCAACAUGAAUAUGCACCCUCAGCACCUGGUCCAAUGCCCUAGCUCGAUGCCUGGAGGGAUGCCGACCACCUCAAACUUCGGUCCAGUCAACAUUGAGCGGCCUAGGUCUGGUCCCGCCAUGCAGGUACAUAGUCAGGUCAAGAAGCGUCUGGCAGACGAACUUCAACAGUUAAUGAUGAAGCGCGGCCGCAUUGGUUAG